UGUGCUUGCGUGCGUGCUGCAUGGAUUUAUGGCGUGCUCUGGCUAUGGCCGUAUUGGUAGCCUCUAGAUGCAGCGUCUCCUUGCAGUUUGGCUUCGCACAUCAGCCUCUCCGAAGCAGCAGCAGUCGCCUCAUGAAGAAACCGCAGUCCGGCCAAGCCGACAGGCUUUGGGCCAGGCGGCGCGCCGGCCCCUCCGUCCGCCUUAACACGGCAGAAACUGGUGUGCCAGAGACAGUGGUGUCCUGCAAUACCAGCCUCAAGCCGGACAUCGAUGCGGAUGGUGCUGGGAAGGAUGGUGCGACGCUACCGGCUAGCAAAGGGAAGAACAUCCGCUCGGAGCGGAGCGGCCUCCUCGUGCUCGCCACCGUACCGUUGGUGUGGGGUACUUACGCUCCUAGCGUAAAGUACUUGUACCAGAUGGGAGAAUCGCCGCCGGGGCUGCUGUUCAACUUUGCGUGCUACGUGGUGUCCGUGCUGACGUUCGCGGCUGUCGCCAGUCUCAACACCGCCAGAAGACAUCGGACAGCAACAGCAGGGGGGGGGAGACACGAAGUCGAGGAAGAGGCAGAACUUCCGCCAAAAGAGAAAGCACUACUAAACCGCUACACCGCACGAGCGGGAGCUGAACUAGGACUGUGGCUUUUUCUUGCUGGCACCGUACAGGUGUGGGGAUUGGAGUUGACCUCGGCGAGCAGGGCAGGGUUCCUGGUGCAGCUUACGACGGUCAUCGUGCCGGUUUUGGAAGCGUUUUUGGGGCGGCGAAAGCUCAAGCCACAGGUGUGGUUGGCGUGCGCGGUUGCCACGGUGGGAGUUGCGCUGGUGAGUCUUGGAGGCAUCCUUCCUCCGGGAGCUGAUCUUUUCAAGUACAUUUCCGGUUCUCUUUCAGCCACUCGGCUGGCCCCGUCGGGGCUGUGGGAAAGCGUCACGAGCGGAAACCUUCGGGGAGACUUGCUAGUGGCCUGUUCUGCCCUAUUUUACUCCCUCCAUGUCGUGCGAUUAGGGGUACACGUGUCUAAGCUGGACACGCUGUCUCUCGCAAGGGCGAAGGCGCUCUCGGAGCUUGGGCUCUCCGCGCUAUCGCUGGUGGUGGCGGGGUUCUUAGGGGGGCAAGCGGACAACUUCGCGAGCUUUCUUGGUGCCCUGGCCUCGAAGCCUGACCUGCUCCUGGUAUUCUCCGCAGUGGUGAUCUGGAACGGGGCCCUAACAACUGCGUACGCCAUGUGGGCGCAAACCCGGGGACAGGCGUCGGUGGCCCCUAGUGAGGCGAAUUUGGUCUACUCGCUGCAGCCGCUCUGGUCCGUCCUGUUUGCGGCAAUGCUCCUCAAGGAGUCUUUUAGGGGCGUAGAGGCGGCGGGCGCCGGACUGUUGCUCUUGUCGCUGUUUCUUGUUACGACCCAAACCGGCGGCGGUGGCGGCGGCGCUCGUCCUACCAACCACGGCGGCGAUGAGGCAACAGCAUCAGCACCAACGGCGGCAGGCCAAGGCGAUGAAGAGGCUGCAGGAAAAAUUGCAUGA